AUAUUAUUUAAAUUUUUAUAUGAUGUAUUAAAAAUUGUGAAAAUUUUAUUUAUAUUGUACAUAUCAUUCUAGGUUUAGAAAAAGUAUAAUAUAAUAUAUGUUUUCAUUAGUGAGAUGUUGACAUAUUUUUUAAAAUAUCAUUUAUAUAUACUUAAAAAUUGAAUAAUAAGCAACAGUCAGAAUUUCUAGUAUUAGUACAUACAAUUAUAGAAAAUAAAAAGUUAUUCAUUAGGUAGAUAAGUUAUUAUUUUAUGUAAUUAACGUGAAAUUACAUUUAUAUUAAAGGAAGAAUGUUCGAUCUGGAAGGAGGCGGGACACAAGUAGAGGCAGAUGAUGAAACCAUAUCGGAAAGUACUAUACAAGGUCAACGUAUCAUCUUUGAACAUCUACCUGCAUACAUAUUUGAACAAAAGCUGAAGGAAGAUGCAACGGAUAAUAAUUUUAGCGGAUAUUACAAUGUAGUAAAGCAUAUCAGUGAACGUUAUGGAUGGGGCAAUGAUUUAUUCAAGAAACUCAGUAGAAAUAUAUCAUUGGUGCACGAUAGUUAUAUUGAGGGAGACGAAUUCAAUAGAAAGCGUUGUUAUGAUUUAAAUUAUUGGUUAUAUGAUAAUGUAUAUAAAAAUCUUGAAUCAUCAAAUACAAAUGAUACCGAUUAUUUUAAAGAUAUUUCUACAAAGCUUCAAGGAGUAUGGAAAAAUAUUGUUGAUAAUGAGUUUAAAGAUAGACCUUAUCAGUGUUAUCCCGAUAAAGAACUACUACUUAACAUGGGUUAUUUACAAGAAAUUAAAGAUUUAUUUGAUUUUUACGAAGAUUAUAAUGAAAUGAAAAAGGAAAUUAUUGCAGAUACUUCUGGUUCAUGUCGUAGAUAUGUUGAAUACCUUAAACAAAGAAUUCCAGUAUAUUACACAUGGAGAGACUCUUGUAAAGUGCCCGAAUAUACAUGCAAAAGAUAUAUUGAUGAUUAUAUGAAGUAUCGUCCAGCAAGUAUUGUGCCGGAUUUAAGUCCGUGGGUUGUUCUUACGUAUCCUGGUAAUAAAUGUUACGCAACUGUUUAUGAUAUAUUUGUAAAGGCAAAAGAGCAGCCUAAACGUAAUGAUGGUAUAUAUAAAAAAAAAAUGGAAAAGCUUGAAAAGUUAAAUCCUGGAAAAAGUUUACUUAACAUUAGCAUGGGAGAGGGAUUACGAGGAAGUGAAUUUUUUAUUCCUGGUGAUCAUGAUGAUUACUGGUUACGUCUAAAGUGGGAUAUAUUGCUGUACAUAACUGACGAUAUCACCCCACCUGUGCUAGGUAUAGUGGGUACACUACUAAUUUUUUGGGCCUUGUAUAAGGUAAGGAAACGAAUUAGACCAAACAUUAAUUAUGAUGAUAUUAAGUUAUUAUAUGGAAGUGAAGAAUCUUUGAACAGCAGCACAGAUUCUUAUGAUUAUAAUAAUGAUUAUGAUAAUGAUUAUGAUAAUGAUGAUUAUAGUGAUAGUAAUAGUUCGUAUAAUUUAUCUUACGCUUCCACAUUGGAUUAUUAA